CGGUCAUCGGCCACACAACAAGCUCCAAGCAACUCUUUACAAACGGCAGCACCACCACAACUACUACACCCUUUAUCACGGUCUGUGCAUUCGCACAUCGUUACCACUAUGGUUAGAGCACUCGGGAACAACUCAAUUCGCAGUGGCUAGCAUCGCAGCGCAUUGAGUCGACAACUUGGACACUGCACGCCACAUUCGCAGUUCUGUGCUGUUCCGCUGCGGCCGGUCACCAUUAGCAUCCGCAUUCGCUUCACACGUUGAUCCAUUUCUUCGCUCAGCAAGUUCAAGUUGAAUUCGUAGUCAAAAACGAAUUCGUAAUUGAUGUUGAUGUCGCUGUCGAUGUUCAUGUCGUCGCUUGUUUUGCGCGUUGUCUAACGGAGUUCGUGUUGCAUUUUGCAAGAAUAAAUACAAAAGUGCCGCCUUUAUUACUUCUGCGCUUUCAGCUACUCCUAAGCGUUGUGCAUCGGUCAUUAGACAUAUGUUCAAGUGUGCCAAACAUUCGCGAUUGUGAUUUUGCAUGCGCUGUCGUUCAAAUUUGGUGUUCCGUGCGAUCGCAAACUAACAGUAACAUAUUUCGCUGACAUUACCCAAUAAUCAAAAGGUGUUUGGGCGCGUUGUUACUUUGGGUUUCGCCGUCGGUGAAUUUAUUCAAAAAAUUUCAGCUUCGCUCAGCUUCGCUGGUAGUGUAAUCAGCGCCACGAUCAGUUAUUGUUUAAAUACAUACAUUUUUAUACAUAUUUAUAAAAAAAAAAUCAUUGAUUGAGGCCGAUCGCUUUAAAUACGCAGAUUCGCAAAAUAAAGUUAACGGAACUUGUGUAAUGAAACAAUUGCUAUCAAAUUCUACCUACAAACUGAAAAUGAUAAAAAAUAGUAAACAAACAUACAAAAGAAAUGCAAUAUUGCCGUUUUCUUAACUUUGGUAUAAUUACGUUAAAUAUUGAUUACUAACCAUGUGCAAUAUAAGGAUCGUUCAAAAAACUAAAAAUUGAGGAGUGUGUGCGAUUUUUCAAAAAAAUAUAAUCACCACUUCGAAAAAUUAGUGAAGGAAAUGGGUAAAACUAAAAUCAUAAAACAAAUAAAAUAUUGACAAUAAAACGGGAAUAAGGGAUCAGUCUCUGUUAGACAAAUUUAUAUGUGGAAUAAACUUUUAAGUGAAUUCUAAUACUAAUGUAACCAAGUGAUAAGAUCUACCAACGUUAAAAAGGACAUAUAUAAUAUUUGAACUAUGAAAUAGUUGUUUUGUUUGAUAAAAAUCCGUUAUUGUGAAAGGUAUAGUGCGUUGGAAUAAUAAUUACAAACGUUCAUACUUAAAUUCGUAGAGGCUUCGAGAAAUGAAAAGAAUUUGUUUAUUCGUUUGAAAACUUAAGUAAUGGCUACAAAUAAGACAAAUAUCAGUGAUUUGAGAGUAUAAUUAAAGCCAUAUUACAUCCGAGAUUAGCGCAUUGCUUUUGUUAUAGCCUUAACUACUUAAUAUUUUAUUGAACACUACCCGUACAGCUUCUCAGUAGGAAGUCAUUAAUUAACUGCCCAAAGGAUUUUGAGUACAUACCUAUGUGUGUGUUCACAUUUAAUAAUAUUAUAUAUAUGAGUAGAACCUGACCAUCUAUUUCAUCACCUAUUUAUCUUUAACUGUUGUUUCAACUGAUAAUUAUAUAUAUAUAAAUGGACACACAAACAUAACACAUAAUAAUAAUAAUAAAAAAGUAGGCAAAAUUAUUGCAACAGUUGGAAGCUUUUUUAUCAAGAAAAAACUUCAAAUAAACAAAUAAGUUUCAAUAUCAAAACAUUAAACCUAACAGGUAGUAAAGGUAAUAAAGGUGCGUUGUUAUACGUACUGGUAUAUCCAACUAAAGUGAGCAUCACCAUUUCACUCUACAUUCACCCGCCUUAUUCGCAACUGCACGUUCAUCACGCACGCACAGCGAAUAGGCUUCGUAGCUGUUCUUUAAUGGUUUCUGAGGAUAAUUGGAACAGCGACACAAUGUCCGAUUCGGACAUGCAUGACUCAAAGGCAGACGUUUGUGGUGGUGCUUCCAGCAGCAGCGGCAGUUCGAUCUCACCCCGCACUCCACCAAAUUGUGCACGGUGCCGAAAUCAUGGACUCAAAAUCACACUAAAAGGACACAAACGAUAUUGCAAGUUCCGUUAUUGCACUUGUGAAAAGUGCCGCUUAACCGCCGAUCGUCAACGCGUCAUGGCACUGCAGACGGCAUUGAGACGGGCACAAGCGCAGGAUGAACAAAGGGUUCUGCAGAUUCAUGAGGUACCGCCAGUGGUCCAUGGGCCAACGGCAUUACUUAAUCAUCAUCACUUGCAGCAUCAUCAUCACUUGAAUCAGAAUCAUCAUGCGAGCGCUGCAGCUGCAGCAGCUGCUGCUGCGGCACAUCACCAUAUAUCGACAGCGAUCCGAUCUCCGCCACAUGCCGAACAUGGCGGCGGAAAUGUUAGCAGUGGUGGUAACGGCGGUAUAGCAGGUGGAAUCGGUUCUGGCAUCACUUCUGUAUCUGGGUCGGUGCCACCACCCGAACAUCACAUGACCACAGUGCCCACUCCAGCACAAUCGCUAGAAGGUUCCAGUGACACAUCUUCGCCAUCACCAUCGUCCACUUCAGGAGCGGUAUUGCCCAUAUCGGUGGUAGGUCGCAAACCAUCUCUGCAUCCUAAUGGAGUAAAUAUUCCUUUAGCUCAAGAUGUCUUUUUAGAACAUUGUCAAAAACUAUUGGAGAAAUUUCGAUAUCCAUGGGAGAUGAUGCCAUUAAUGUAUGUGAUAUUAAAAGAUGCUGGGGCAGAUAUUGAAGAGGCUUCAAGACGCAUUGAGGAAGCAAAGCGAAUUGUGAAUCAAACCAUAUCGCUACAUUGGAUGGAUAGACAAUUAUACUAUAAUUACUACUCAUCCGCAGCACUAGUAAACACUCCUCCUACAUAUUUUCCAUAUCCGAUUGCCAUUGGAAGCAACGGCUUACUAACAUCACACUUUUCGCAUCUAACGGCCUCUAUUCGACCACCAUCGCCCGAGCAACCCACUCUAAGUCGAACGCCACCCAGUCCAUCUAAGCCUUCGCGACCAGGUAGCAUCCUCAGUGAAACGAUGUCGCCGCCAGCAGCCGCUACAAGCUUGACGUCAUCCGCCACAGCUGCUGCAGCUACGUAACAGCAACAUCAGUCGCAACGCUACAGCCAGUCUACUCAUGCAACCGCUGCUGUUGCAGCUGCAGCCGCAGCGGCUGCUUUGCUCUUAGUGGAUGACUAAACCAUUAAUACUGAAGCUAAUCUAUUUAAUUGUUAUGGAGAUAAAUAUUUGCAAAUUUAGUGGAACUAUCACUUGGAAAAUAGCAAUAAUUUUAACGGAAAUUUAGUGGAAAAUUGCGAAUAUAAGGAUUUAUUAAAUAAAAAAUUUUUUAGCAAUUUUCAUUUGUAUAUAAUUAAUAUACAUGUAUUAAGAAGUUGGAUGCAUCUUUAUACUUAGAAAUAUUGUUUACUAACUCUUUGUAAAAUCUACUGGAAUAUUCUGGAAGCCUAGGAAAUGGACACGUGGAAAAGUGAACAUAGAUCUCAUUACAUCAAACAAAUUGCACAUAGUAUGCACAAAUAUAAAUAUAUGAAGCACAAUAUGAUAAAUAUUAUAUAUGUAACGAAAACAGUUUGCAUUUUUCAACAGCUAUAACAUUUUAAACAUAAAUAUAUUGUGUGUAUGUAAGAACAUAUUUAUUAAAGUCGAAUUUGUAGUAAAACGUUAAUUAAUAUAUUCCAAAAAUGUAAAGAAAGCUUAAUUAAUUGAAUACAUUCGUUAAUAAUUCAAAUUCAUAAAUAAAAUAUUAAAUAUUAUAUAUAUGUAUUGUAUAUAGGGGAAAAAAACUAAGCAAUGAGAAAAUAUCAAGUGAAAAAUCCUAUGUUUAUUAGAUUAGUUUCAGAACUAGUUAUUUAUUCUAGUUGGUAAUUUAACUGUGAAUUAUAAUAAAACCCAUUGAAAUAAAGUGGAUAGCAAAUAAAGAAAUGCAUAA